CUCACUCGGUGAUAUUCGCGAAUCACGAUUUGCAAAUUCACUCUGUUCUUUCUUUCGCUCUCUCACCCCCAAAAUUUAUUUUCAAAAAAAACCCUAGCCCUAGAUUUUUUACAAAUUCAAUCCAAUGGGCAGCGACCAAGACACCCAACGCAAGCACCGUCGAUCCACCUCUGAUGAUGAAGCCGAGAAGUCCUCUAAACGACAUAAACAUCGUCAUCAUCACCACCGUCACCGUCACCACCGAAGCAGGAGGCACGAAGACGAAACCAAUCGCGGAGGCGAUGACGUGGCUCCUUCUGUUCCGGUCAUUAAUAGUUCUGGAAUUGAUGAUGACGUGGAGGAAGGAGAGAUUCUUGAAGAGGACAAUUUUGAAACCAAGAAAUUGGAUUCUUCUGAAAUUAAGGCCGUUGAUUUACUUGAUGGAGUCGACCCUCGAAUUCCGGGAGUUGGUGAGUUUGAUCAUGUGAAAGAGACUCCACAGAAUAAGAUUGAUGACAAUCUGAUUGCUAAUUCUGGCAUUAGUGAAAAGGUUCACAAUGAUCAUCAUGUCAAUGGGGAUUUUCCUCGUGAAUAUAGAAAAGAUAUUGAUAGACGGCCAAGGGAAUCUGUUUCUCCUUCACGAAAAAGCAGAAAGCAGAAGAAUUAUCUUGACACCGAUGGAAUGCAAGAUGAUGUUAGCAAAUUAAGGGAGAGGAGAAAAUCAUCGUCCCCUGAAAGCUCAGUGGACGGGCAUAAGCUGGUGGUGCGCUCACCAUCACGUGAUAGAUCUAAUGAUGAUUUUCAUGCUAGGAGGAGAAGGUCAAGGUCGCGUGAUCUUGCUUUGGAAAGAUCUCGUUCCCUAAGCAUAAUGGAAGAAGAAGCUGUCAUUAAAAGAAGGCGCUGUCAUGAACGGGAUCUGAACGACUUUGAAGACGAUAGGGUUAUUCAACGCAGUAGGAAUGAGAGACAUGGUACUAGGGAUUUAGUGAGGGAUGAGGAAAGGGAGCACAGUAGUAGUUACAGCAGCAGACACAUUGGCAGAGAGGAUAGCCAUCGCAGUCGGGAGAUACACAGAGAGAGGAGUUGGGAGAGGGAGAUGGAAAAGGAGCGGAGAAGGGAGAAGGAACGAGAAAGCAGCAGGAAUAUGGAAAUAAACAGGGAACGGAGAAGAGACAAAGAACGAGAGAGAAGUAGGGACAGGGAAAUAUACAGCGUAAGGGAGGAACGAGGUAGUGGCAGGUAUGAGGAGGUGGAUCGGGGUAGGAAAAGGGAGAAGGAAAGAGAUAGGAGCAGAGAUAGAACCAGGGUCAGUGAUAGAGACAUAGAUAGACAUAGGGAAAGGGGGAGAGAUAAGGACACGUUCAGACUUAGGGAUCAUAUCUUGGAGAGGGAGAGGGAGAGACGGAGUGAUAGAAGUCGAGAUAAAGCUGGAGAUAUUGAGAUUGGUAGGAUGAAGUAUGGAAGUUUUGAUGACAAUUAUGGAAACCGAGAUAGGUUUAAACAUUCUAGGCACUCGACUCAUGAUGAUGAUAAAGGACAUUUUCGUGAUAGAACAAGAAGGGAUGAUCCAGCCAAGGUUCAUAGCUCUAACAGUCAUUAUUUGGAAGGAGGUAAUGAUGGAAAAACAAGAGAUGAAGAUGACGAAGAUGAUUUUGAGGAAAGGGUUGCCUUGAAGCUUGUUGAACAAGAAGAAGAAGAUCUUGAAAGAAUUAAGGAGGAGAGUAGAAAGCGAAGGCAAGCCAUCCUAGAAAAAUACAAGAAUCAGCAGUUACUGCAGCAUAGUGAGUCUAAUUUGGCUGAUGUAGAAAAAGAUAAAAAGUCUUUGGAGCAUCCUGGUCUAUCGACUGGUGUUGAUAAUAAUUUUCCGGAUAAUCAUAAUGGUAAAAGUAAUGGAGUUGAUGGCUAUGUUGAUGAGCGGUUAUUUUCUGUGAGGAAAUCACCUCUGCAAAAUGGAAUUGCUGCUCCUGAAGGAACUUCUGGUCCUGGGGGGCUUGGAGACGGUACACCUAAGAGUGAGACAUCAGACCUUGUGUUUUGUGAUGAUAUAUUUGGAGAGACUCCUACUGGAGUUCGUAAAUCGGGUAAAGCUGAAGGUUCAAAAAUUAUAAGGAGUGGCCUUCAUGACAACUGGGAUGAUGCAGAAGGGUACUAUAGCCAUCGAUUUGGUGAAUUACUUGAUGGACGGUAUGAAGUCACUGCUGCUCAUGGGAAAGGUGUUUUCUCCACUGUAGUACGUGCAAAGGAUCUUAAAGCUGGUAUUGGUGAACCUGAAGAAGUGGCCAUAAAAAUUAUACGCAAUAAUGAAACAAUGAACAAGGCUGGUCAGACAGAGGUUCAGAUAUUAAAGAAAUUGGCAGGUGCAGAUCCAGAGAAUAAGCGUCACUGCGUCCGCUUUAUUUCAAAUUUUAAGUACAGGAAUCAUCUUUGUUUAGUUUUUGAAUCUCUUCAUAUGAAUCUGCGUGAGGUUUUAAAGAAGUUUGGCCGCAAUAUUGGGCUUAAACUUACUGCUGUGAGAGCAUAUGGAAAACAACUUUUUAUUGCCUUAAAGCAUCUCAAAAACUGUGGCGUUCUUCAUUGUGAUAUAAAGCCCGAUAACAUGUUGGUAAACGAGGCAAAGAAUGUGUUGAAGCUUUGUGAUUUUGGUAAUGCCAUGUUUGCUGGUAAAAAUGAAAUUACGCCUUACCUUGUCAGCCGAUUUUAUCGUGCCCCUGAGAUAAUUCUUGGUUUGCCUUAUGAUCAUCCGCUGGAUAUCUGGUCUGUUGGAUGCUGUUUGUAUGAGCUUUAUACUGGAAAGGUUCUUUUCCCAGGUGCUACAAACAAUGACAUGCUACGCCUUCAUAUGGAGUUGAAAGGUCCCUUUCCUAAAAAGAUGCUACGUAAGGGAGCAUUUACAGAGCAACACUUUGAUCAGGAUUUGAAUUUUCAUGCUACAGAAGAGGAUCCUGUUACUAAAAAGACUAUAAAGAGGAUGAUUUUUAAUAUAAAGCCAAAAGAUAUUGGAUCAAUUGUUACAACCUCUCCUGGUGAGGAUCCCAAGAUGUUAAACAAUUUUAAAGAUCUUCUGGAAAAGAUUUUUGUGUUGGAUCCAGAGAAGAGGAUGACAGUAGCACAGGCUUUGGCUCAUCCAUUCAUCUCGGGCAAGUGAACCAUGUUGCUGAUUUUAUGACUCCAGAAAUGCUGUUGAACUAGAUAUUUGUACAUUAUGACCUAAUUCAUAUUUAGAUAUCUAAUCAUUGGGCAUUAUUUGUCUUUAUCUUCUCUGUGCUGGCAUAUAAGCUUUGAACACAGUGUGGCAUGGUUGAAGUCAAAGGGGGUGAUGUUGGUCAGGAGUACUCUUUUCUGGCGGUUCUUUCAGUGGAAUGUACUGUUUCUAUUGAUAUCUGCCACUGCUUUGAGGCAAUCCUCCAGUGCUUAAAUGCUUAAAAGGCACCCAGGAAAGGAACUUGCACUGGAGGUGUUUGGCUGCAGCUUGAAGUGAAAGAAUAUUUCAGUGCAGCCCUGUGCUUCUGAAGCUCCUAUGAAACAUAAAUUUUGUGUCUGUACAGAGAUCCACAGAGAGAGAGAGAGAGAGAGAGAGAGAGAGAGAGAGAGAGUAUGUGGUGCUGGUGUUAACCACUUGUAAACCAUCACUAAAGGUUUCACAGAUAUGCUAAGAGAAAUUGUCAACUGCAUUGGAUAUCUUAGUUCUUUUUUGUCUUAUGUGUUGCCAUUGGGUCAAGACCAAUUACAGGUAGAAAUGGUUGAGUAGUGGUAACGAUUUUAGAUCAGUAUGCUUUUAAUGUUCGACAGAAAGCAUGAGACAGCUACUUGGAAAUCUAACGAGUAACUGUCACCCAUAUGCUUUAGUUUUGGGAAGAACCAAUUUAUUUGGCAUGCUGGAGGCUGGCUUGAACACACCACAUAUAAAAUGUCUGAUCAAAUUUCCAAGGAAAUGAUAUUGGGAUUUUUUUCUAUAUGUUUUGUGGGGAGAGGUUUGCGACGAUUUUUUUAUAUUUUGAUAGAAAAAAAAUCUCAUAUUCUUGUAUCUUUUUCCUCUACAUUUUAUUUUUUAUUUAUUUUAUGCCUAAAAUUGGUGAAAAUCUUUGUGGGUUUCAUGUGCCCAGUUUGUUGGACGAAUAAAAAGUUUCGUGAGUUGGAAUUGAUCCUAAAUUUUAUUUGA